AUGGCCAACCAGAAGGAGCGCGAUAGGUUGAUGUACAUCGCCAAGAUCGCCGAGCAGGCCGAGCGAUACGAUGGUGAGCGGUUCUCGUUUACACCGUCCGGAGCCAAUUAGGGUUUUUGGGGAGGAGUGGGGGAGAGGUCUGGGAGUCUAAACUUAGUGGUUAUGGCGGCGUUUUGGGCUUCUGUUUUUGCAGAAAUGGUGGAUUCGAUGAAGAAGGUUGCCAAGCUGGACGUGGAACUGACGGUGGAGGAGAGGAAUCUGCUCUCGGUGGGGUACAAGAACGUGAUCGGGGCCAGGAGGGCCGCCUGGAGGAUCCUGUGCUCCAUCGAGCAGAAGGAGGAGUCCAGGGGCAACGAUCAGAGCGCGCGCCGGAUCAAGGAGUACCGCCAAAAGGUGGAAUCGGAGCUCUCCACCAUCUGCGGCGACAUUAUGACGGUCAUCGAUGAGCAUCUCAUCCCGUCGUCCACCGUUGGAGAGUCCUCUGUGUUCUACUACAAAAUGUGAGAUUUUCGUGAAUUUUAUGGGUUUUAAUUAUUUCAGUACCUUUUUCCCCUCGUUAACCUGCAAUGAGAAACUGAAGGAAGGGGGAUUACUAUCGUUAUCUCGCCGAGUUUAAGGCAGGAGGUGAGAAAAAGGAAGCUGCAGAUCAGUCGCUGAAAGCAUAUCAGGUUUGGUUAAAACCCAUAAAAUAUGCUGUUUUGUCUUGGUUCAUUUUUUUUAGUUUAUCGUCUCAGAUAACAUAAGAUCAAUAGGGUAUGGAUAAAAAAGGUAUUACGUUUACUUCAUUUUUCAUAACAUAAAUCAUAAAGGCACAUCUGAUGUAUAAGAAAAAUGUUCUGUGAUUAAGCCCAUUGGUGGUGUCAUAGGCCAGAGGAUCUUUAAGCAUGACAUAGCUUGGAUAUUGCUUCAUUCUCUCUGCACAAUUUGACACUUUAGGGUUCUAUAAGAUUAGGUUGUCCAAAUGUUGCACUGCGGCUGGAAUCAUAUCAGCAGGAAGAUGCAUCAUUAUAGUACAUACUUUUUUUUAACGUAUCCUCUUAUGGUGGCACAUCUUUUAGGACUAAAAUGUUUAUCUUUACUUCCACUGCUGGUAUCAUUCGUGUCUCCCCCUUUGUUUUAAGAACUCUGUGCCGGAUGGUCUGUGAAAACUGGGGAACUGGGGAACUGGGGAACUGGGGAACUGUGCAGUCAAAGGAUAUUCUUUUUUAUAAAACGUUUAUUGUGUGAAAUUAAGGAACUUAAAAAUUCCCCUUGUUCCAGGUAUAUCAUCGACUUUAUUUCGUGGAUUAUUUGUUUCUGUUAACAUUGAUUUCUGUAGCACUUGGCUGAUCUUCGGGGGUAGGUAUUGGAUUUCUUCCAGAGUCUGAUUUCAGGUUCCUCCUGUGUCCGAAUUGUACCCUGAGCUUGGUGGAUAAAUUUUAUAUAUAUAUAUAUAUAUAUAAAACACCAAUCGAGGCCUGUGGAAUACUCCCAUUCUCUGCUGCUUAGUAUAACGGUUUUCUUUGCAUUCCCUCAUUAACAAGGAAGUCCUACAGAAUAAAGAGUUGGCUAUCAUUCUUAAUUCCGUGGAUGAUAUUUUCUUAAGUCCAUACUGCAUGCAACCCUCCAUCCCAUGCCUCUACAUGGUUACGAUAGUUGAGUGGAGGGGAGAGCACCGAAGCAUCAAGAGUGGCAAAUGCGUAUUGCCAACUUUUGCAUCAAUUUUUUUCCCACCAGUUUAGAUUAUAUUAUAACGUUCCUGAAGAUGAUUUAUCAAUUUUCUGCAGUUGGCUACCGCUACAGCUGAAGCAGAUUUAUCUCCUACGCAUCCAAUUAGAUUGGGCUUGGCAUUAAAUUUCUCUGUUUUCUAUUAUGAAAUCAUGAACUCACCUGAGAGGUAUGGAUGACAUCACCGUACAGGGUUAGUCACAGUUUGAAGUUCUGGGUUAUGUUAAUCUGGUGGAUCACGUGGUUAUUUGCAGGGCCUGCCACCUUGCCAAGCAAGCAUUUGAUGAAGCCAUUUCUGAGCUUGAUACGCUGAGUGAAGAAUCUUACAAAGAUAGCACUCUGAUAAUGCAACUCUUAAGAGAUAAUCUCACCUUGUGGACUUCUGACAUCUCUGAGGACCCAGGUAAGAGUUGAAUUCUGACUUGAGGCCGAUUUUUCUAUAUUUGAACUUGUUCAGCCCCUUCACAUCUGAAGCGUUCUGUUAUCUAGGCAUCCAUCAUUCAUGACAUUUCUGUGUGUCAUUCAUUCUGGGCAAAAUAACGUCAGUGAUAUGAUGCCUUCUCUUGCAGUGUGUAAGAGUAAUUCCCCGCUGAUUGGGAUAAUCUAAACCCGUGUUUAAAACAUGUGGGGGUUUCUCCACUUUUACGCCAAUUGAUUAUAUGCUGGACUGUACGAUUGUUUCAUAUGAUAUCAGAGUCUGCUGUUGUGUUCUUGGCCUACAGAACCUCGCUCUAUCAUUCUACCGGGCCGAACUUGAGAGAAGCAGGACGGAUGUGAAGGGGGCCGCGUCAGAAUAAUCUCAUAUUUGUUGGAAGACUUUCGUUGGGUUGUUCAAUUUAAAACUAAUUACAGAUGAAUGCUAUGCACUCGUGUGUUUUGACCUUAGGUUUAGUUUCCUCUUACUAAUGUGAGAUUAUUCUAGAAAAAUAAUAAAAUAUUUUUCCGCCUAAAUUAUUUGGCAGAAGUAGGACGAAUAUAUUAAUAACGUUUUACCAUAUUCGUGCGUGAUGAUUAUAAUGCUGCAACCUUUUUCAUUAGCAUAAACUCCUUUCGAAAUUUGACUCCAGCAGAAGACUCCAUGAGGGACAGCACUGGCAGGACUGGUGCAGACGCAGACGUGAGUUCUCCCCACUACUCCUCCCCACUCUCUCUCUCCCCUUUCUCUAACAUUCCUUGUAUCUGGCGGAGACUUUGCAGUGAGAAGGGGACAAACUGGGAUCCCUGCCAGAGGCAGAAGGGAGAGGUUGCUGCCGGUGCAGAAGCCCUUGCCCAUUUGGAAAACUAUGCCCUUUUCCAUUCUGA